AUGAAAGCCCAACUCUGGCGAGACUACGAUGUGCCACAGGAGAAAAUCGAACAGUUGCGCGCCAAAGUGUACGAAUUCUGUGCACAGAAUCCGGACACCAUUGAGAUUGAAGAUGUGAAAAAUCGAAUUCUCUCUCCUGAUGAUGUUCUCAACAACAACCUGGAUGCAAACAACAACAAAACCACUGAUUGGAUGCUGAAGCGCUUUCUCAUAUCAUCACACAAAGAAGUGGAUGCGGCACUGCUUAAAUUUACCGAAUUUUUCACUUUUCGAAAACAGUACAAAAUGGCAUCCAUGUCGGUAGAAAAUGUACUUCCGUCUGAAUUUUUUAAAAUUCACCCUUUUGACUGUGAAGGUUUUGACAACAACGGCAACCGUAUUUUUACAGUUCGACUGAAAUACUAUCGCAAAAUGCCGCAAUUUGAGAAUAUCAUCAAGCGAGGAAUCAUAUACUUUACCGAGCUACUGGACCUGGAGUACGAGCAGGGCCUGUGCGACGGAGUGUGUCUAAUUGUGGAUGUACAGGACUUCAGUGUGAGUAAUCUGGAUAUGGACAUGCUGCAGUUUCUGGUGAAGCAGACACCUACCCUCUACAGUGGCCUCGUUCGGUGUUGUCUAAUCUACGAAACCCCCUUCCUGCUGAGUUAUCUUUUCAAGGUAGUCGAGGGUUGGCUGCCCUCCUCAACCGAUAAGAACGGCAAUAAGCGCAAGUUCUUUCACGCCGUCACAAAAAAGAACAUUCAUGAGUGGAUAGACGCCGACCAGAGACCUUAUUUUUUGAGCGGUAGUAGGACGGUGAGCCUGACGGUGCCGUCGAGUACACUCGCCUUUGACCAGUUUGUGCGCCAUUCAAAUGAAAUUGAAGAGCAGAAUGCGAAGAAGAUCAAGGAGUACUUGGACCAACUGGUGAGCGCCUGA